AUGGCGGCGCAAACACAGAAGACUUUUAAGCUCAACACGGGUGCCCAUAUCCCUGCUAUCGGGCUUGGAACAUGGCAGGAUGAAGCUGCUCAGGAGGCUGCAGUUCUUGUGGCUCUCCAGGCUGGCUACCGGCACAUAGACACCGCUCAAUGCUAUGGCACUGAGCCAGCUGUCGGGAGGGCUAUCAAGCAGAGUGGCGUGCCGCGGAGCGAGAUAUUCGUUACAAGCAAGCUGUGGAACCACAAACACCAUCCCGACGAUGUUGCCCAGUCGUUGCAGCAAACAUUGGAUGAUCUGGGCCUAGAAUAUCUCGAUCUUUUCCUCAUGCACUGGCCUGUCGCCUUCAAGCGUGGAGAUGAUCCGUUCCCUUCUGAUAAGGACGGCAACAUAAUAACUGAGGAUAUUGACUAUGUUGAGACUUACAAGGCAAUGGAUGCUGUUCGCAAGACUGGAAAAACCAAGGCUAUUGGAGUUAGCAAUUUUUCCCGAAAGGAACUAGAGCGCAUUCUUGAGAAUUCACCAACUGUUCCAGCAGUCCACCAGAUGGAGCUGCAUCCGUGGCUGCAACAAAAAGACUGGGCAGAAUUCCACCAGAAGAAGGGUAUCCAUGUGACCCAGUACUCGCCAUUUGGUAACCAGAAUGAGAUUUAUGGUGGUCGCGAGGAUCAUGGUCAGCUAGUGAACGACCAAAAACUGGUGGAGAUCGGAAAGAAAUACGGCAAAACCUCGGCCCAGAUUGCUCUAGCUUGGGGCAUAUCCCAUGGCCGUUCUGUCAUUCCAAAGUCCAAAUCACCGGAACGAAUUAUGCAAAACUUCGAUAUUGCGUUUGAGCUCCAGGAUUCGGAUAUUGAAGAGAUCGACAAGCUCGAUAAGAAGCUCCGCUUCAAUGAUUCAAGCAAAGAUUUUGGAUAUGACCUCUUUUCAGAUCUGGAGGGCAAGCAAAAGUAA